UGUCUGCCAACUGCCCCAAUGUUUGGUCUAAGUAUGGUGGCCUGGAACGGCUUUGCAGGGACAUGCAGAACAUUCUCUAUCAUGGGCUCAUCCAUGACCAGCAGGUGUGUUGCCGCCAGACAGAUUACUGGCAAUUUGUGAAAGAUAUCCGUUGGCUCAGUCCCCACUCAGCCCUUCAUGUGGAAAAGUUCAUCAAUUUGCAUGAGAAUGGCCAAAGCAGCACUGAUGGUGUGAAUGAGCGUGCUGUGGCAGAGCUGUGGUUACAGCACAGCCUGCAGUCCCACUGCCUCUCAGCCCAACUCCGACCUCUGCUUGGAGAUAGACAAUAUAUCAGGAAAUUCUACACAGAAACUGCUUUCCUGCUAAGUGAUGCCCAUGUUACCGCCAUGCUCCAGUGCCUAGAAGCAGUGGAACAGAACAACCCUCGCCUUCUGGCUCAGAUUGACGCAUCUAUGUUUGCCAGAAAGCAGGAAAGUCCACUGCUGGUAACAAAGAGCCAGAGCUUGACAGCUCUGCCUGGCUCCACAUAUACUCCUCCAACCAGCUAUACUCAACAUUCCUACUUUGGAUCCUCCUCCAGCCUACACCAAUCCAUGUCCAACCACAGUUCAGAGAGAAGAUCUACUUUCUCUUCACUCUCUGGCCCUUCCCAGAAUCUUCAAGAAGACAGAAGACAACCAUUUCCAGUAGAGGAUCAAACCAUCCAACCCUUACUGCUUUCGGAUUCUGUACAAGCACAGAAUUUUGCAUCAACCCCAGUUGAGAUGAGCUCAAGCACUGUAACUAGCCCCUUAGAGGCAUCCUGGGUCAGCAGCCAGAAUGACUCCCCAAGUGAUGCCAGUGAGGGGCCCGAAUACCUGGCAAUCGGCAACCUGGACCCCCAUGGCCGGACUGCCAGCCAUCAGAGUCAAAGCAGCAAUGCGGAGAGUAGCAACUCUAAUUUAUUCUCCUCCAGCAGUUCUCAGAAGCCAGAUUCUGUUGCUUCUUCCUUAGGAGACCAAGAGGCAGAUAGGCAGAGCCAACUAUCCACUGUCCUUCGCAGAUCCAGCUUCUCAGAAGGGCAAACAGUCACUGUCACCCCGGGGACAAAGAAGAGCCAUAUUCGCUCCCAUUCGGAUACCAACAUUGCCUCCAAAGGAACUCCAGAGGGUGGUCAGUACCUGUGCUCCGAAGGCAUGUUCCGAAGACCCUCAGAAGGACAGUCUCUCAUCAGCUACCUCUCUGAGCAAGACUUCGGCAGUUGUGCAGAUCUGGAAAAGGAAAAUGCCCACUUCAGUAUCUCAGAAUCCUUGAUUGCUGCCAUUGAGCUGAUGAAAUGCAACAUGAUGAGCCAGUGCCUGGAAGAGGAGGAAGUAGAGGAAGAAGAUAGUGAUCGAGAGAUCCAGGAACUGAAGCAGAAGAUCCGCCUUCGGCGCCAGCAGAUCCGCACCAAGAACUUGCUCCCUGUGUACCAGGAAGCUGAGCAUGGAAGCUUUCGAGUCACCUCCAGCAGCUCUCAGUUCAGUUCUCAUGAUUCUGCACAGUUCUCAGACUCUGGCUCGGUUGAUGACGUUGAUGAAUUUGAAAUCCAAGAUGGUAGCGAAGGAUCUAACCUGACUCACAUAUCAAAGACUGGACUCUCAGUAUCAAUGGCCUCCAUGUUCUCAGAUGCUGAUAUCAGGAGGAGAGUGGCCUCCACCAGCAAGUCUUCCAUUCACUCCCAGUCCUUCUCGCAUUGCUUCCUGCACUCCACAUCUGCCGAGGCAGUAGCCAUGGGGCUCCUGAAGCAGUUUGAGGGGAUGCAGCUUCCAGCAGCCUCCGAGCUAGAGUGGCUAGUUCCAGAACAUGAUGCCCCUCAGAAGCUCCUGCCCAUCCCUGACUCCCUGCCCAUCUCACCAGAUGAUGGGCAGCAUGCAGACAUCUACAAACUGAGGAUCCGAGUCCGUGGCAACCUGGAGUGGGCUCCGCCCCGGCCUCAGAUCAUCUUUAAUGUUCACCCAGCCCCAACGAGGAAGAUUGCUGUGGCCAAACAGAAUUACCGCUGCGCAGGUUGUGGCAUUCGCACUGAUCCUGAUUAUAUCAAGCGGCUGCGGUACUGUGAAUACUUGGGCAAGUAUUUCUGUCAGUGCUGCCAUGAGAAUGCCCAGAUGGUCAUCCCCAGCCGAAUUCUGCGCAAGUGGGACUUCAGCAAGUACUACAUCAGCAAUUUCUCCAAGGACCUGCUCAUUAAGAUCUGGAAUGAUCCUCUUUUCAAUGUGCAGGAUAUCAACAGCGCCCUCUAUAGGAAGGUCAAGCUGCUCAAUCAAGUCCGGCUGUUGCGGGUCCAGCUGUAUCACAUGAAGAACAUGUUUAAGACAUGCCGACUGGCUAAAGAGCUUCUGGAUUCCUUUGACACAGUCCCUGGCCACCUGACAGAGGAUCUCCACCUGUACUCAGUAAAUGACCUGAUUGCAACCAAGAAGGGAGAGCUGGGGCCCCGGCUGGUCGAGCUCACCCGGGCAGGGGCUGCCCAUGUAGAGCGCUGCAUGCUCUGCCAAGCCAAGGGCUUCAUCUGUGAGUUCUGUCAAAAUGAGGAUGACAUCAUCUUUCCUUUUGAGCUCCAUAAGUGCCGGACCUGUGAAGAAUGUAAAGCAUGUUACCAUAAAGCUUGUUUCAAGUCUGGAAGCUGUCCCCGGUGUGAGCGGCUGCAGGCCCGGAGGGAGUUACUAGCCAAGCAGAGCUUGGAAUCCUACAUGUCAGACUAUGAGGAGGAACCCACCGAAGCCUUGGCCCUGGAAGCCACUGUUUUGGGGACCACCUGAAGAAAGCCCAGCCGGCCGGCCUCUGUCUAGGGGCUAGGGGCACCCAUGAUGCAGAACUGAGCCACCUCUCAAGGACAUUCCCCACUUGGGGAUUUUUUUUUUGUUAUUAUCAUUCUUCUUGUUUUUAAUAAUGUGUCUUACAUCCAGGUAGAGUCAGCCUUUGUUAGGUUGAUGGGUCCAGGCUGUGUGACAGAUAUUUGCAGGCGCCUAGCAUUUCCCAUCACAACUGACACACGGUCCUUAAGUGAAGCUGCAAGUGCCUCUGUCAGGGGAACAGACAGAGACUCAAGUCUUCUGACACUCAUGGGCUUUUCCAGCCCGACCACAUCUGGUGGCAGCUGCAUCUCCAGUAUCAUUUCCACUGUUGUUUUAGUUCUGGAGCUUCCCAGCCAGAUUUUUUCUUAACCAACCCGCUUCUCUUUUGCUGCUGCAGCAGGUGGAUGGAGUUUGCUAUCUCUCAUCUCAGCCUGAAAUAGGGUCAGACUUCCCUGAGGAGAGAAGCAGCAGCCGAAGGGGCUACACUGUGGGCAUUUUGUUGAGCUUGUUUAAAGAUUGGGGCAAGGGUGGGGGGGAACAUAAAAGAAAUCAUCAGAGACUUCAAGGAGACAGCCAUGACUUCCCUAUUUGAAAUAUUCUAGACACAUAUGGAAGCACAGGCUUUCCAUAUAUGGUGAGCCUGAAGCAAAGAACAGAGCUGGGGCUCUGACCCACUUGUGACCGAUGCUUGUGGGGCCAGACCCACUUGUAACCUAUCCUGCAUGCACAACUGAAGCUACAGCUUUUGCUUACGGAGAUUUUAUCCAGUCAAAGCAGCUGUUGGCCUUUUCUUGGGUGAAUGGUCUACUGGUUAGUCUUGCUCUUGGGAAUUGUCGUUCAAACUCAUCCUAAGGAGAUAACAGAAACCCCAUGUUCUGUCUUAUUAGUGGGGUGGUUACUGUUCUGUCCUGUGAAAUGGCCAUUAUGGUCCUGAGUGAAGAUAUGGCCCUAGUCCAUUCUCUGGCCCUUUCCUGCCCCUUCCUGUGUAGAGCUGGGGUCUUCGCUGCAGGCUGAGCUCUUGCCUUAGUUUCCUUUCUCAAAGUUGGGGAAAAACUUUCCUGCUCAUAGUAGUAUUAGCGCAUUUGACAGUUUGUGGAUGCAAAUGUGAAUAUUCCUGCUUUCUUGGGAUAAAAAGAGCCUUUAUGCCAAUUAUGCACUUAAUUAUUUAACCUGGUAAUGUAUGUUUAAUUAUCCCUUUCAUAUCACUUUAACAUAUUUUCCCCUCAUACUUUAAUAUAAUUUUGAUGAGAAAGUUCUUGUGAUGUUCUUGAAGUUGCUAAAGGUCCUAACCUCUAAAUGAAACACUGGUCAGGGUUGCUUUUCCAAAGACCGUACUAAAGCCCACACCAUGUUACCAGAAUUAAUUUUUCUUUCUUAGAUGUGUAGUUAUUGGUAGUAGAAAAAAAAUUGGCUUAGGCACUGUUCUAAGAAGCCAAAUAGAAAGUUGUACCUGAUUGGUGGAAGCAGAUGAGUACCUGAGUGGGAGGUGAUACUGGCUCUCGUAAGGAGGUAACAGCCAAAGCUAUUACUCAGCUGGAGCAAGAGGGAGCCCACAUAGGAGUUGGCCCACAAUGUUGGUUCUGCCUCACAUUUGGGAUUUGAUAUCUCCAUCCAGGCUGGAAGACUUGGUCUAUUCUCCUUUCAGUUCAUGGUGGAAGCCAAGGCCCAGCCCAGUUUUGAAGGGCUGACUAGAAGUUCCUUCAUCCUUUCAAGGAGCUUUGGGAAUGAACCUACAAAACUCAAGUCUCACUAAAGAUAUGCCUCAGAUUCAGACUCAGGUUUGUUUAUAUAUAUAUGGUGAGGUCUAGGGCUGGGUCAUAGCUCUGGUGGCAAAAGUGUUUGCCUAAUAAAGCCCUCAGUUCUAAUUCUAGUACCACCAAAAAGGAAAUGGUGAGCUUUAAUUCCAGUUUUGGUUUAAACUUUGAGUCCAGCUCAUCUAAGUGGCUACACUGGAGGAGAGACAUACUGUCUUGUUAUCCUGCCUAUUUCAUACCAACGCAGGAUCAAAGCUGAACUCAACAAUCUUCCAUGUUCCUGAAUUUUCACUCUCUCCCGCACCCCUCCCAUCCUGCAGGUUGCAUGUGUUACCGUCCCUGACACUAUGCUGUCUUCACUGUUCCGAUCUCCAUUUAUUUAUUUCUUAGGGAGUAGGGGAGAAAGGGAAGAGAGGGGAAUGUUUUGAAAGCACUUUUUGCAACUUAACAGUAUCUGAGACUCCUCUGCUGUUGAGGGGAGAAGCUUCUGGAUGCACUGAAAAGAGUUCCUUCUAAGUGACAAGGAGGGAAGAAGUGUUGUGUUUUUUUUUGUUUUCUGCACGUAAAGGGAAAGAAACCAUUAGCUUACAAGGUGGAGACAAGAUUCAAGACAUUGCAGAAGAGUGGAAGACAAACAUUUUCCACUUAAAUGAGGCAGUCAUUGACUUGCUCUGCCAAGUUUUUAGAGCUUUUAUGGAAUGAACGUAGAAUGAGCAAGAGUCUACCUAGACAAGUUUCAUGUGUGUAAACACCUGUUUUGAACUGGAUUUCCACUUGCUGUAGUUGGUGCACAGUUCAUGACCAGCUUGAAUAAACUAAAGAAAUUAAAUCCUG